CAUACGUUCCUGCUGAGGAACCCCUCACACUCGGUUAUUUUUAAAUGUUCCGGAGCUGUCAAACCAUGUCCCGAGAUCUACUUGUCAGUGCCCCGGAGACUGUCAUUACUAAUCCAGAAGUGAAACAUUAACCCGAAAACCACUGCCACGACCAGGGGAAAAAACAUAGCAGAGCUUUAGAGCUGAUUGACUGCAGAGACAGCGAGAGCUUGCAAUAUCUGCUUGCCAACUUUCCCAAAGCCUCUUCCAAAAUGGGGAGGAACAAAAUAGUUGGCGAGGUGCAAAAAGAUCUUCCCCCUCCCGAGAAGCAAGCGCCGAGACUAUGUGGAACCAAUUACCCGCUGAGCAUUGUAUUUGUUGUGUUGAACGAAUUCUGUGAACGCUUCUCCUACUAUGGCAUGAAAGCUAUCCUCACCUUGUAUUUUACAAACUUCCUUCAUUGGGAUGAUGAUCUAUCCACUGCCAUCUACCAUGCCUUUUCUGGAUUGGCCUAUUUCACACCGGUCCUUGGAGCUGUCAUUGCUGACUCCUGGCUGGGAAAGUUCAAAACCAUCAUCAUCCUCUCCGUCGUCUACAUUAUUGGUCAUAUUGUGAAGUCUGUCGGUGCGAUACCAACUGUGGGUGACCAAACCAUACAUGUAGUAUUAUCAAUGCUUGGCCUCUUCUUAAUAGCCCUGGGCACUGGUGGUAUCAAACCUUGUGUUGCAGCUUUUGGUGGUGAUCAAUUUGAAGAGAAGCAAGCUUCUGAACGGAGUAGGUUUUUCUCCUUCUUCUAUCUGUCCAUUAAUGCAGGAAGUUUACUGUCAACCAUCAUCACUCCCAUAUUGAGAGCUGAUGUUCAGUGCUUUGGUGGAGAUUGCUAUGCUCUUGCCUUUGGUGUUCCUGCUGCACUAAUGGUGAUUGCAUUAGUUGUAUUCGUAUCUGGAAGUGUGCUCUACAAAAAACUCCCCCCACAAGGAAAUAUGCUGGUUAAAGUGUGUAGCUGUAUUGGGUUUUCCAUAGGAAAUCGCUGGAGGCAUCGCAGCAAAAUUUAUCCGAGGCGGGAACAUUGGCUUGACUGGGCAAGAGAAAAGUAUCCAAAACAUCUGAUUGAAGAAAUUAAGAUGGUUACUCGAGUCCUGUUCCUCUACCUUCCACUCCCAAUGUUCUGGGCACUCUUUGACCAACAGGGAUCACGAUGGACUCUACAGGCUGCUGGAAUGAAUUCUAACUUUGGUGGGUUCGUUAUCCAACCAGAUCAGAUGCAGACCAUUAAUCCCCUUUUGAUUAUUAUUUUUAUUCCAAUCUUUGACAUGGGCAUUUAUCCCCUCCUCAGGAAAUGUAAAAUCAACUUGACGCCCCUCAGACGGAUGACAAUCGGAAUGGUUCUGGCAGCCAUGGCAUUUGUCGCAGCAGCCAUUGUGGAGAUCAGAGUUCAGAAAACUGUAAUGCCUGAGCCUGGAGCCAAAGAAAGUUACAUUCAGUUCCUAAACCUGGCAGAUAAAAAUAUAAGCAUCACUGUCCAAGGAUUAGAUGAUUUUCCAGUCACCAUGGCACCCUUUCAGGAUCCAGGCCAUUACAUCAAGUUACUGCUCGAAGCUCCAGAACAAACAUUCAAUUUUAAUCUUACAUAUGAAAACGUUGACUUCACAUGCCGUGAAAACAUUAAUGAAAGGAGGGCGUACAGCGUAUUAAUGUACAAAGAUGUUAACACUCUCAAUUGCAGACUGCUGGAAGAUCAAACAUCAAAGCCAGAGAAGGGAAAGGCUGCAUUGAGAAUCAUGAAUACCGGCUCUGAAGAUUUAAACAUUACUAUCGGAGAUGUGAAUUUCGGCACAGUCCACAAGAACUUUGGAAGCUCGUUGUACGAGGUCCUGGAUAGAGGAUACUACAAGGUAUCGUGCCAAAACGAAACAACGAAGCAGAUUGUGGAUGUGGGACUGAUCGACUUUGGAGCAGUGUAUACACUCAUUCUGGCUAAAACGCCUAAAGACCACAGCAUGAAGAUUUGGAAGACCGAAGACGUCAAAGCGAACACCAUGCACAUUGCAUGGCAAAUCCCUCAGUAUGUCUUGAUGUCUGCUGGAGAGGUUAUGUUCUCUAUCACUGGUGUGGAGUUCUCUUACUCACAGGCUCCUUUAAACAUGAAAGCUGUUCUCCAAUCUGGCUGGCUCCUCACUGUUGCAUUUGGCAAUAUCGUGGUAAUUAUUGUGGCCAAAGCUGCUUACAUGGAACAGUGGGCCGAGUUUUUGCUGUUUGCUUGCCUUCUCUUCGCUGUCUCCAUCAUUUUCUCCAUCAUGGCUUACUUCUACACUUAUGUGGACCUACUGAUCAAGAAAGGGGAGGACCAGGAAGAGGUGAUUGCUUCACUGUACCAGGAUAUCGCCCUCAGCUCAGCCAACAAGCAGACAAAGAUGUAGAACAUCUCCCACCCUCCUCGGCUGCUCACCUUCUUAACUUCCUGCUUUGUGUGUUACUCAUUGAACACAUUCUGUCGCCAUGUAGCUACGCCUCAGGGUCUUUAAUCAGGAGUGGAUUCAGAGUAAUGCGUACAUAAUGUUUCUUACUUUGAACAUCAUGAGGGAUAGAGGGGAAUUCAAAGAACUUAUUUUUCACCUCCCCCACUCCCCAGCGGAUCUUUCCAAUGUGAAUUGCCUGGUCCUGGUUGCUCUCUGACACAGCUGAUGGGCUCUGCCAUCCUCAAAUACAAAUCACUUCAGAGAGUGGUUUAAGAGUUAACAGUGAGUUAGUUAACGACUAGAGUCGCAUACAGACCAGCCCAGUGGAAGAGAGCAGCUAUCCUUUGCAGUUGAACAUUUGUGAACUACCUUGAUUAGAACAGCCACCUUUACUGAUACAAGUUUUCUGAUUCCAAAUUCUUCAGUUUGGACUUCUCAAACUGCCACUGGAGCUGCUGGUUGGGUGGGAGAUAAUUUCCACAAAUGUUUUCUGGCCAAUGAGUCCACUAUCCUACCCAAAUUCACUCACAGGAUAUGAGCAUUGCUGUCUAGGCCAGUUUUUUUGCCCAUUCCUAAUUACCCUGAUGGCACUAAGAGUCAACCAGAUUUCUUGAGUCUGGAGUCAUAAUUAGGUCAGACCAGGUAAGAAUGGAAGAUUUCAGAUGGGCUUUAAGGCAAAUGACAAUGGCUAAAUAUUCACCAGCCGUCUAGCUUUGUUUUAAUUCACUUUAUAUUUUAAAAAUGGAAUUCAGACUUCACCAUCCACCAGAGUAUUUGGCCUGAGGUUCUGGAUUCCUAGCCCAAAGACAUUGCCACUACACUACCUGACCAAUCUCCUGCCCAGCUUCAAUUUAAAAUUAUUCAUGGAACCAGCUUCUCCCAUCAUUUCAGGCAGAAGAUUCCAGUUCCCAACAACUUACAGAGUAAAAACACUUCUCUUCAUCUCCCCUUCAAAUCUGUUCCUUUUCCCAAUAAUUGAUUACAUUUGGUGGAUGAACCUCAGCAGAGCCCAUAAUAAGGAAAUUUCUCAUUCCUUUGUUUUACACAACUGUGCCCAUCAUCCCAGCCUUAUUGUUUAGACAAUAACUGGAAUUCUUUAAAGGAAGAUUAGACUUUACAUGGACAACUGGCAGCUAGGAGGGGUCUUCAAGUACAGCUCAACUGCAAGACUGUUGCUGUAUCUACAGGCUACAGGAGAUCCUAUAUCUUGAAUUGUGGUGGAUGGUAAGGAUCAGCAAUUUAAAACUCCGAAAGGUUCAUGCACAACAUGACAGGAAAGAAACAGCAGGAAAAUGGAGAAACGAGAAGUUGCUUGGGUUCCCACCCCAGAUUUUUACUUGCUGCUGAAUACUGCAUUGGUACAAAGGUCCAGAGAUGGUAGAAUGUCAUUGUGGUAGGGUGGGGGGGAGGCGUGCUGGGAGAGAGAAAUAGCCACUGUGUAAGUCCGUUGAGAUGUCAGUGGACAUUCUGUGCUGGAUGCUGAAAUGACAUCAGCAGAUCCGGCAGCCAUCUCUUCCCUCUGUCCGGGAAAUUAGUGGCACUCAUGGUGAUUUUUCAUGACAAUUCCACAUCCUGAUCUACCUCCUUAGUUCUUCUCCCUAAUAAGGAUAUAUCUACAUCUGUCUUUAAAAUAUUCAGUGACCCCUCCCCCACCCUCCUGAGAUAGGGAGUUCCAAACCUACUCAAACUGUCCCAGAAGGGCAACGCCUAGUUUUAAAAUAAUGUCCUGAGUUCUUUGGCUCACACAUGAGGAAACGUGGCUUCCACAUUUGUCUGGUAAAGACCUUUAAGGAUCUUACUUACUUCAAUCGAGGUUCCCCUCACUUUUCCAAACUCCAGUAGACACAUGCCAGGUUUGCCUAUUCUUUCUUCAUAAGACAAUUCACCCAUUGCUUUUUGAACCUAGUAAACUAUCUCCAGUGUACUCGCAUACAUCUUUAAAUAAGAAGCCCUAAACUGCAUAGAAUAUUUUAGAAACGGACUCACCAAAGCCCCAUAAAACUGAAGCUUCCUUCCUACUCUGUUAGCCCCUACACCAUGAACCCCUGUUUUGAUACCAUUUUAUGUGGAAAUCCCAGAAAGGUACAUCGAGAGGCGUCCCUUUAUUCUUAGUACAUGCUAUUUUUUCUCUCAAAGAACUCCAGUAAAUUGGUUAAACAGGAUUUCCCUUUCACAAAAUAAUGCUGACAUCUCCCAAUUACCUUCAGUUUACCAUUGUACUUGCCUAUAAUCUCCAUAAUGGUCAAUUCUAACACACCCCCCCCCCCACUUUACUUAUGUCAAGCUAACAGACCUAUAGUUUCCUGUUUUCCGCCACGUACUCCUCUUGUUCAGGGAGGGGAGUUAAAUUCGCCAACAAUCCUGGAAUGUUGGAAAAUUCACAUCAACGCAUCCACUACUCCAUUAGCCUCCUCUUUAAAAAACCUAGGGUGAAAUCCAUCUGGACCAGGAGAUCAGCCAGUCACAACUCCAUUUGUGUGGUCAGUACUACUUCCCUCAUGAUUUUAAUUUCAACAAGUUCUGUUCGCUGCAGACUCCUGAUUUCCAGCUAUUGCUUAAAAGCUUUCUUUUUAUCCUCUAUGGUGAAGAUAGAAACAAAAUAUGUACUCAUUUUAUCCCUAUUUCCUUAUUAUCUGCUAUUAACUCCCCAUUUUUACUCUCCAGUAAACCAACACACAUUUCUUCUUUUCAUAAACCUCCAGGACCUUUUGCUAUCCAUUCUUUUACAGUUCGAAUGAGCUUUCUCCCUCAUUCUUCAGUUCUUUUUCCUAAUUAAUCUUUUAGUCAUUGUCUACCUUUUUUUCUGUUUUGUCUAAUCAUCUGACCUGCCACUCUUCUUUGUGCAAUGAUUAGCUUUUUUGCUUAAGUUUGAUGCUUUGCUUAAUGUCAUUAGUUAACUGCAGAAAGUGAGAUCCCAUCCCUUCCACUUAGAGUUUAUCUUUACAAUAGAAGUAGUUCUUCUGAGAUAUUCCUGUGAAUAUCCUCUUCUACUUCUUUGUUCAUCUAACUCUUAGCGUAGUAACCUGGUUCAUGCCAGCUAGCAGAGCUUUCAUGCUCAUAUGUUUCUUAUGUUUAAAAUGCUAUCCUCGACCCAAUCUUCUCACUUUCAAACUGAAUGUAAAAUUCAAUCAUGCUGCGAUUGAAGGGUGCCUUUACUCUGAGGGCAUUAAUCCUGUCUCAUUACAUGUUGCUGAGUCUAAUAUAUGCUGUGCUGGUUUUCCCCAGAUAGUGCUGCCUAAGAAGCUAUUUCAAAAGCAACCCGUGAACUUUUCAUUCAUGCCAUGAUUGUCAAUCUGAUUUAAUCAGUUUACGUACAAAGUAGUCAACAUUGAUUAUUCUUGUCCCUUCAUCACAAACCUUUCUUCUCAUAUACUUUGUUCUAAAUUGUUUUGGUGCCUGUAGAUCUCUCUAUUCAAUGACUUCUUUCACUUAUUGUUCAUCAUGUCCAUCCAAAUUGAUACUACAUCCUGGUCUUUUGAACCAAGAACACAAACCAUUGUGUCAAUGUCAUCCUUGAUGAACAGUGUUACCUCUCCACCUUUAUCUAGUUUCCUGCUCUUCUUGCCAAAUAUCCCUCAAUAUUCAGGACCCAUUUUGUCAUCUUGCAGCCACAUUUCCAUCUUGGUUAUCAGGUCAUCCUUAUUUAUUGCAAUACGUGGCAUCAGUUUGCCAAGCAUAUUCAGAUAUAGGGCCUUUCAUUUCAUAUUCUUGUUGCCUUUGUAAAAUCUACUCUUCUAUGGUUCAUUCUGUCUGUCCCUUCCUGCUGUUCUCUGACCCCAUUCCCUAUAUCAUUUUGUACACUUUCCUUGAUUCUAACCCUUGAUUUGCUACAUCUACCCAAGCUGGGCUCCUUACUUGUAUUUAGUUUACAGCCAUCUCUACUUUCUAGCUGUAUGGUUUGAGAGAGUGUUGCGCAGGAUACGACAUACCAUCCUAAUGCUACAGACCCCACAUUCACGAGGGCUGAUUCCAUGUUCCACAGAUUGAACCCACUUCUCCCCAACCAGGUGCUGAGCUAUUUAGCUGCUUUGCUAACGUUCAUGCCCUCUGCAAAUUGGUAUAUGGCUGUGGCAAUAAUCAUUACCCUUGAGUUUCUGUUGAGCAGUUCAGUGUCCAUUUCAUCACACUGUCAAAACAAACCUAAUUCCAUGCCCUGUCGAUGACAUUUAAAGUCAGAGAGAUCAAUAGCUGAGCAAAAAUGCCCUUCAGCCCAUUGUGCCAACCUUGGUCAAAAACGACCACCUAACUAUUCUAAUCCCUUCAUUCCACCACUCGGCCCACUGCUUUGUAAGCAUUGUCAUUGCAAGCACACAGCUAAAUACUACUAAAAUGAUACAAAGGUUUUUCUCUGCAUCAACCUUGCAGGCAAUAAAUUCCAGGUUCCAGUUUGUGCUUGUAUAUUGAAUGCCAUAACUGAUUCCUCUGCCCUCCCCACUGUAAGUUUCUGAGCCAGGCCCCUGAACUCUCUAGGACUGAUGAUCAGACUGUAUAAAACAGUGUCUAUUCCCCUCACUAUACUAUCCCUUACUCCCACUAAUUUCUUGGUGCUGUCUACACUUGAAUGGCAUCCUGUGCCAUGGUUAGUCAGCUCAUUCACUCUGUAGCCCCCACUCGCAUCCAAACAAGUUGAAAGAAACUGAAACCUGGUGGACAAUUGCAGAGCUUUAUACUCCUGCAAUACUGCCUUCUGAAUCGCCUUACCUGCCUCACUUGCAGUCAGACAUUCCUGUCUGGACAUUGAGUAAAUCAGACUCAAGCCUAAAUGAAACAAAAACAGAAAUUGCUGGUGAAACUCAGCAGGUCUGGAAGCAUCUGUGGGAAGAAAGCAGAGUUAACAUUUCAAGUCUGUUCAGUCUUCAUCAGAACUCAGAUCCUAAAUGAUGAGACUGCCUCCUGGUCCAGGGAAACCCGAAUAGUUUUCCCUCUCGCUGAAGUGCCGCGACAAUUGCAGUUUGUCACAAACUCUUGAGCAGAAGCUACUGGAGGUGUAAACACUUACAGUAGAUGUGCCAUAGACAGGAUAUAAGGGCAAAGAACUAUUAACACAAUUAUAGAGAAGACGCCUCACCUGGAGCAUUGUGUACAGUUUCUGGUCUCUACCUAGGGAAGGACAUAACUGAUUUAUUGGGAGGGCAACAUAGGUAAAUAAAGCUGCUUCUUGGUAGAAUGAGAUUGUUGUAUACAAAGAGGUUUUGUAGACUAAGCCUAUAUUCUCUGGGGUUCCGAAAAUUAGAAGGAAUCUAUUGAACCAUAAAGUUCUUGCAGGGAUUGACGGAGUCAAUGAUCAAAAAUGUUUGGGGAAACUAAAACAUAAGAUCACAAUCUCAGAAUAAUUAGCAAAAAAAAAGCCAUUUGAAUAGGAUUGUGCACAAUGCACAGCUGAGAAGCAGGCUAUUUUGCCCAACCAGUCCAUUCCUGAUAUUUUUGCACCAUUCACUAAAUCUCCCUCUAUUCCCUUCUUCCUCUUGUGCUUGUCUACCUUCCUUUAAAUGCAUCAAUACUUUUCAUACCAACAAAUUGUUUUGUAGCAGAUUCCACACUCUCAGCACUUUCUGGGUAUAGACAUUUCUUCUGAAUUUAGGACAGAGAUGAGGAGACAUUUCUUCGCUGGGAACAGUGUGGAUCAUUGGAAAUCUCUACCCCAAAGAAGAUUUCUUGCUGGGCAUAUUCAAGAAAGGGUGAUAGAUUUCUGGUUGUUGGAAAUUAAAGAAUGGGGAAAAUAGACAGGAACGUUGACAUAGAAGCAGUCUUGAUGGGACUGAAUGGAGUAACACUGUUUGUGCUGUCUGUGUUCAUCCUUGACAAAGACACAAGAGGGUGGGGAUUAUCUGCCUCACUCACUGUGGAACCACGCACCAACCAAGGAGGCCGGAAACAGCUUCAGAAAAUAUGUUUUGUACACCAUCAACAGGGAACUAUCAAAGAGACAGUACUGGUCCUGAAGUUCAGAGCUGUGUUCAACCAUUUGAAAAGGAGAGUAAGCAACUUUUGAGCUUUCUGCAAAUGAAUAUUUAUAUCCAAGACAGAAAUCUAAACUCCAUUUUCUAAAUAACUGGCUAUUUAUGAGAACAAUAUGUAUUUUGCAAAUUUUUAUCUACUAAUGUAACUGAAGCAUUAGUAACAUCAAAACUGUGAAGUAAAGUUAUUC